AUGAAUUUAUGUGAAUUGGAAAAUAUGCAUACACAGAUAAAGUGUUAUACUGUUGGUCAAUUGACAACAGAAUUAACCACUCCUGCUUUUAAUCAACUGAAAACUGAAGAUUUACAUGGAUAUCAAGAGAAUCACUGUAAUACAUCAUAUCGCAGUUGUAUUUUCAUGGAUAAUAAUAAUAAUAACGGUUCACUAACUUCCCUGAACACAGACAACAUUUUUAGUCAUCAAAUAAAUAGUAGCAAUAAUACAUACUGUAAUAUCAAUCAAAAGUUUUCCCAUCAUGGUAAACAUUUACAAAAACAUAGUAAUGUUAAUGAUCAAGAAGUAACCCCUAACUAUGACUACAUGAACAGUGAUAUCCCAUGGACAAGGUACUAUACAGAUAACCUAACAAAUUCAGUCGAAAGUUAUGAUCCCAGUGUACAUACGAAUAACGACCGUAGUAAUCUUUCCAACGAAAAUUAUUUAACCUCUAGUUAUCAUUAUGAUCAUCAUACCGGUUCUUCACAGACGCAUUCACUUUCAAGUUAUUCAGUAAUGAAUGGUAUCGAAAGUUCAUAUUUCACUAAUGACGACCAUCAACACUGUUUAAAUGGAACUGUUCAGUCAAGUGAUUUGAAUUUUUCAGAUUUUCAUAAUAACUAUCAUGGAGACAGAAAAUCUGAUGUGAUGAGUUUUAUGAACACUAGUACUAUUGCAUCAGAUAAUAAUUGUAUAAAUGAUUCACUGGUAAACGCAUCAAUAAAUUCCUUAAGUAAUCAAUACUGUGUAUCACAAGGGAUAGUCCUAGGAAAUUUAAAAUCGUUUAAUUCUAUGGACCAGUUUAAUUCAGUUAGUUGUGAGUGGUUAGGUGGUCAAGGCAGUAUAGAGGAUAAUACAAAUUGGCGAAGUAGUUGGAAAAGCAGUAUAGAAUAUGAUAAUCAAACGAAUGGUCAGUUAUAUAACCAAAAAAGUGUUACAGAUGAAUUCAAAACUUUUCAGUGUCUCAGUACUGAAACAAACUCACCAGUUACUCAUAAUCUCAACUUGUCAAGUGGGGCAUAUUUCUGGUUGUAUAACUCUCAGUGUAAAGGACCAAAAGCUUCUCCAUUAAUAAAUCUGACUAACAGAGCAAUAGCAAGUAAUCACUGUGAGAAUAGUUUGGAAAAUUCGGCAAAAGGUUGUGUUUCAAACGACUACCAAGAUGACAUUGUUUCUUCGAGUACAUCUUCUGGUGUUGUUCAACAGUUAUUACAUUAUCCGAUAUCAUCGCUAUCCUUACCAAACUAUCCACUGGUUGUUUUUGAAGACCCUGUGCAAAGAAGAUAUGACUUAGUUCACUGUUCAAAACUGCGUCGAGGUGACGGAAAUGAUGUGACUCCAAAUUUAAUGCGACUCCGUUCUAUGGGCGAAGAACUUGUCCAUCUGAAUAGACAUAUAUCAGCUCAAGGUGAAUUAAUUUCUGCUGGAGCAAUGAAAAUUAUUGAUCAUUCAGAUAUAAACAUCGAUUUGAAACUAAUUCAGGAUAUUUCUGGCUGUAUUUCAAACACAAAAGUUAUUGAACAGGCCAAACGCGAGAAAAACAAAUUAGCUAGCAAAAUCUGUCGCCUUAAGAAAAAAGCAUUCCAUGAAGCCAACAAAAUAAAAUAUCUUGGAUUAGAAAUUGAAUACAAUGAACUGGCAACGGUCAUAGUAAAGUUAAAAGAAAUGAUAACCAAAUCAUUACGCGAAAGUCUACAACCUGAAAAUGCUCAUUAUGAAUCAGUAAGUCAACAUCUGGGCAAUACAGAAGAUGAAAUAAAUAAGCAUAAAGAUAAGUUGUCAUCACUGCUGACACCUGAAGAUGUGAACAUGUUUGGAGGAAAGCAAACCAUAAAGCUGUAUUCCAAUAUCCCUGGAUCAUUAUUCAAAGAGGCUUUAGAGUUCUAUGAAAAUACUCACAUUACUAAAACAGCAGGAAGAAUGGACAUGUUAGUGGAUGAAGUGCUUCAAAACUACUCAUCAUCAUCAUCGUAUUCACCGAGUUCUGGUGCUAAUGGAUACAUUGAAAACGCUAAUAAUACGUAUACUUCAAACAAAGUGUACAAUACACCAUUACUACAAGCUCUAACAAAUUCAAAUAUUUAUUAUACAAAUCAUGAUGAGGAGAAAUCACCAGACACAAGAAGCUCAAGUACAGCUUUUCAUGAAUCACCUGAAAUUAUCAAACCUAAUAUCUUUCAGAAACAUACACAUCAGUCUACAUCAACAUCCAGAACAAAUUAUCCAGGACCUCCGCCUGAGUUUAAACUGAUUUAUGAGUAA